CCGCCGAGCGCGGUCCCGGGGCGGCGGCAAUGGACGAGCGGCUGCUCCGCGCCCUGGGGGGGCUCAGCCUGGGGCCGCAGCGGGGCCGCGGGAGGCUGGUGCUGCUGCGGGGGCUGCCGGGCGCUGGGAAGAGCACCCUGGCCAGACAACUGAAACGUGACUAUCCCAGUGCUGUAGUUCUUAGUACUGACGACUUCUUCAUUGAAAAUGGUGUAUACGUGUUUGAACCUGACUUCCUAGAGGAUGCACACAAGUGGAACCAAAAAAGAGCACGCAAAGCAAUGAAGAAUGGGAAAAGCCCGGUUAUUAUUGACAACACCAACAUCCAUGCUUGGGAAAUGAAGCCGUAUGUGCUAAUGGCACGUGAAAAUAGAUAUGAAGUUACAUUCCAAGAACCAGAUACACCCUGGAAGUUCAAUGUUCGAGAACUGACAAGAAGAAAUAUUCAUCAUGUCCCUCGGGAAAAGAUACAACGGAUGAAAGAACAAUACGAGCACAAUGUUACCUUCCACAGCGUUCUUCAGUCUGAAAAACCAAGCAGAGAUGAGGGAAACUACAGUGGACCAAAUGCAGUUUAUGGCAUGGAUACCCAUUCCAAUCCCCUUUCAGACUUUUCAAGGAGAAGACCUCACAUGACACGUACAAACAACAUGACAUUUAACUGAAGAGGUGAUUCCUUGGUGUGUUUUAAUUAUCAGGGUAUAGAAGUCUCUAGUUUUAAAUUUUUUCCUAAACUGUAUUUUUCUACUACAUUUCUAAAUUACUUUUAUUUCUUACAAAUCUUUAAAUGGCAUUGGUCUGUACUCUCACAGCUCUACAUGACCAAUCUAAGAGUGCUGUCCCCAGUACAAAUUGUACUCCCUCUCAUCCCUCUUCCAGCAGGAAUACCCAUCCAAGCAUAUGGUGAAAUUUACUGGCUCUGCCACAGGCAUUUUGGAUUAUAUUUUUCUGCAUCACACUCUUGUCACUAACAUUCCUAAAUUAUUUCUCUCUUAAAGGCCACGGGACCAAUUCCUUAAUUCCAUCUCCAUGCAACUGGUAUUUCUUGCCCUUUUAAUACUUUAUAUCUGGCCGUAUAAACUUUUUGUAUCUACUACUAUCUUGCCUAGAGCAUUUUUGUAACUUUUAGAGAGUCAAGGUGAAUGGUGGCAAAGGUAGCUCUAACAUUUGAUGCUGUUCCCUGUCUCCACUGACUGGGUUCAUGCCGGUCUUACCUCACAGCCAAGGAGCUUCUCCAGCCUGAAAGCAAAACACAAACACACCAGCCUGAGCCCUGCAUCUUGCCAAGACAUAGAAGUUCAAUUGAUCCUGAGAUGGAGAGGCUCCUAAAAUGAAACAUUAGUGUCAGGCUUGUGCUUGUUAACUCUUUUAAGUAUCAGGCUAGCAGAAUAGGUCUGUACAGCUGAAGCCCAAGGCUAUCAAAUACACAAACUGACUCAUAAUGACUUAGUUCUUAAGAAAGGAGGAAAAAACCUGUUUUUGCCAAGGGGAGAAAACCUCUUCGGCCACUGACUGAUGGAUGAGUGGGGAAGGAACUAUCCUGCUGUGGUUUUAUCCAUACCGUUACGUUCUGAUGAUUAUGUCCUCAUCAAGAAGCCUUGUGAAACAUUUUUAAAACUCCACUUGUGAUGUCAAAUUUUUUAAGUAGGUGAGGAUUAUUAGGCAGUGCCUGUAGAACAGUGGUGAGGUAUUUUGCAGUAGGAAAUGAAGACAGCUCCCAUGGGACAUUAGGAAAUAUGGGUAUAACUGUGAUUCAUCUAGCAAUUUAGCAGAGAAGUCUGAGAAGUAUAAAGAAUCACGCUGUCUCUAUGCAAAAGUCAGGCUGUCUUCAGAACACAACAGAUGUACAAGAUAAAUUGAAUUUUCUACUCAAAAUGCAUUAAAGCUUUAAGCAUCAUCAUUACGAACAAUUCUGAACUGGGAAUGCAGGGAAUCUGGUUCUGUAGUAUUUCAUAGAAGUUUACAGAACUACAGUUCUGCAUCCUGCACUUGAGCCAAGUGAAGAGAACAGGAGCCCAUGAAGGGUUGCUGAGUGGGAGCUGGUG